AUGGGUGAAGAAAAUAAUGCAUGUGCAAAUGGAAAAAAAUCUGAAGGGGGCAAAAAGUGUCCAUAUACUACAGGAUUACCUGUGGACAGGGGCUGGGCAUGGAUAGUGUUAUUUGCUUCCUGGCUGACGAUGGCUAUCUGCCUUGGAACGUACAGAACCUAUGGAAUUUUAUUCAUUGAACUUCAAAGGAAAUUUAACUCUGAGGCCUCAACCACAGCUCUUGUUGGAAGUGUUUGCAAUACAACAUACAGCGUAACAUCCAUCCUUGUCUCCGUGGUAGGUCUUCAGCAUUUGAGCCACCGGACACUUGUAUUCACUGGUGGCUGUUUCCUGGCAUUGGCGUUCAUUUUGACAGGGUUUGCCCCAAAUGUUGAGUUCGCCAUUUUUUCACUUGGAUGUUUGGCCGGAUUAGGUCAGGGUUUCCUGAUGAUACCGACCACUGCGCUAUUAACCAAAUACUUUAACAAGAACAGAAGCUUCGCCACUGCACUGAGCGUAUCAGGGGGAGGAGUUGGUGGGCUUAUUUUCUCAGUUCUCAUAAGAAUCUUUGUUAACAAUUUUGGCUUCUCUGGUGCUUUGCUAAUUAUUGGAGGAAUAACUCUCAAUGUUCUGGUUGCGGCCUGUCUCAUGAGACCGCUUAGUUUUUAUGGUGAAACAUAUAAGAAUCGUCGUUGUGAAAAUGUUCAGCAUGAGGAUGAAAUUAGCAUUACAGAAAGAAGACCACAUAAAAACGGAAAAAUCGCUGAAAAUAUAAUAUCAGUAGAAUGCAACAAUAAGACCAAAGUAGACAUCAACGGUUGCAAAGAAAGUGUUGUUAAUCUAGAACAAAUCAAACCAUUGAUUAACAAUAGCAAUGGCAAUAACAGAAAUCUUACGAAUUCAAAGAUAGAAAAAUGUUUGCCAGAAAGUAAACCUUCCCCGUUUCUUUCCAGAUCUUUGAAACUUAAAAAUGCACGUGUAAGAACAGUUUCGGAGCACAGUAAAUUUUCGCUUGCUCAUGCUAUGGGAAGCUCUUUGUCCAUUUCAACUACUGAACUGUGUGUGUCCGUGUCAUCGAUGCUUGAUCGCAGUGGAAAAGAUGGUCCAAUUGGAAACGAAACUGCAGCAGACAAAGGAGACAGGGAAAGCAAUACCUCUGACUCACAAUUAAACAAGUGUUGCCCAAAACUUAACUUUGGUGUAAACUGUAGUGUCAUGAAGAGACCACCGUUGUUGUUGUUCUUACCCUGCUCAUUUCUCCUGGUGACAUUGUCCAGCAUCCAAGUGUUUCUACCUCCACAUGCAGUGGACUCUGGACUAUCUGAUACAGAUAGUGACUCCCUGAUAUCCAUCAUCAGCUUCAUCGACAUCUUUGCUUUGGUUGCAUGGGGUUUAUUUGCAGAUAGAGGCUUCGUAAAGAGAUUCAAAAUCAUUUCUUUGACCUCUCUCAUCGUAGCAGCAGCGACGUUUUGCAUGCCUUUGAUAGAUACCAAAACAGAGUUCAUUGUAUACAGCGUAGUAUUUGGAAUCUUUGGAAGGGCGUUUUUUGGAUUAUACCCGGUUGUAUUGGUUGACUUUCUUGGUAUUGACAAUCUCGGGAGUGCAUUAGGAGUAACUGGCCUCGUCAUGCCGUUAUGUCAAGCUAUAGAACAACCAAUCAUAGGAUUGCUAAGAGAUUCGUCCUCCUCAUAUUUAUCUGGGUUUAUGUUGAUUGCCUGCGCAGUCACUGCGGGAGGAUUGCUAAUAUGGACUUUACCAUUGGGUGCAAAGUGCGAAAAGUCAUUGAAGAAAGACGAUAUUUUAGUUUAAGGAAAAUAGUUUAUGAUAUUUAAAAGAGCUAUUUAGUUUGUGUUAGUUAUAAAUAAAACUUCAUUGAAAAGGAUGUCAGUUAACCCAAAUGAAGAACUUUGCGGAAAUAAAGAUCGGCACAGAA